UAACACUCUGCCAGGUGCUGGGGCGCAAAGGUGAAUGGAGAAAUUAGCUGGCAGGAUACACUUGAGCCAAAAUUUUAAGAACACUCUAAAAAUCUAUAAAAGAAAAAACAACAGAGUUUAUUCUGGCUUUCACCCAGGUGUGCGAGGAGGGAGGGAAAGCCCCUCUCCCGGCCCCUCCAACCUCUCACCUCAUUCUCAAAUCGAAGAUUUGUGGGGGAUUAGAUAUAUAAUCUCCAAGUUGGGUUUUGAUUUCAGGAAGGCGUGAGGCCUGAAUCCUAACCCGGCCCACACACCUGGCCCCAUUGUUCCUCUAAUUCCCUGCAUCCGGGAAUUAGCGACCGGUUGGCAGCUGAGAGACCCUGUCACUGAGAGACCCUGAAACUAUUCCUCCCUGACUCAGGAACCCCACCAAAACCUCUGUCCCUUGGACGGGCAACGGCCCCUAAAGGGGGUCUCAGACGCAUUCUUAGAAAGUGCGACCUCUUUAAAAGUAGGAGACCGGCGGGCGCGGGCUAGUGACCAGGAGCGCGUCACAAAUCCUAAACCGAGGUCUUAGCUCCUAGCUGACCCCGCGGCUCCGCCCCGCGCCCUCUUAAAAGCAAGCUUCCGCCGGCAGCUAGGCUGGGGCACCGCCCCCAAGGCGCGGACGCCGAUUGGCCAGCGCGGUCGCGGGGCGGAGCCAAAUCUUAAAGGAUCGGGAGCUAAGAAAGACCGGAGGUGGCCGUGGCUGCAGCGAAACACAGGGAGGUGAUGCUACAUGGCCCCUUGUGGGUUUCUUUUAAGUCGCUAAUGUCCAUACCAUAGUCUUCGCCCAUGGAGCCCAUGAGAGACUACCCACUGUUCGGGGGCGCCUUCUCCGCCACUCUCCCGCCCGGGGCCAUUGAUGUGAGCGACCUCCGACCGGUUCCGGACAAUCAAGAAGUUUUCUGCCAUCGCGAGACAGACCAGAGCCUGAUCGUGGAACUUCUGGAGCUGCAGGCCCAUGUGCAGGGCGAAGAGGCUGCGCGGUACCACUUUGAGGACGUUGGUGGCGUGCAGGAGGCUAGGGCUGUGCAAGUGGAGGCUGUGCAGCCCCUCCUUUUGGAGAACUUGGCCCUGAGGGGCUGCUGUCAAGAGGCGUGGAUCCUCUCUGGCAAGCAGCAGGUGGCUAAAGAAAACCAGCAGGUCAUCUCUUGGCCCUGAAAAUCUGUCACUUCCGCCCUGGAGCCUGGGUGAUUUUGAGCAGCUGGUGACCAGUCUGACUCUUCACGAUCCCAACAUCUUUGGUUCCCAAUAAGGAUGCUGAAACGCUGCAUGCUGCUGUGGAAGACUUAGGGCUUUUGUUCUGCAAGAGGACAAGGGAUGGGACAUAGUCCCCUAAUUCCUUCCCAGUGCAUAAACAUAAGACACCUCCUCUCUGUAGAAAUAAACUUGCUUUAUAACCAA